GAGAUAAAUCUAGAAUCCGCAGCGUCCUUCGGGGUCCUCAGUCAGACUAGUAUCACCAAUACUGGACCAACGAGUAUCACCGGCGACAUCGGUACAGCGGGCACUUCUAUCAUAGGGUUUCCACCAGGUGUAUACACAGGGACCGAGUUCAUUGGCGGUCAAACCACGAAUGCACUCAGCGAUGCUACUUCUACAUACAACGAUCUGGUUGGGUUGAGUGGAGGUACUAUCCUCACUGGUGAUCUAGGUGGCACGAGCCUGCCUCCAGGAACAUACAGUUUCAGCACGUCCGCGGCCAUCACUGGGAUCUUGACGCUUGCGGGCACUGGUUCUGCCAGCGAUGCUUGGUACUUUCAGAUUGGAACUUCGCUCAUUACCGCUGCAGGCUCGGGUGUCGUGAUUUCAGGUGGUGCUCUAGCAUGCAAUGUUUACUGGGCUGUGGGAACAUCCGCCACGCUCGGAGCUGGAAGUUCUUUCUCAGGAAACAUACUUGCAGGGGCCUCGAUUACAAUGAACACGGCUGCUGUUUUAAAUGGGGGAGCCUUUGCUCUAGAGGCAACGGUCACGAUGGACACUAACGUUGUCAAUGUCCAA